AUGGAAACAGAGAAAUCAAUAACAAUUCAAAAUAAUGAUGAUCUAGAAAUAAUCUCAUCCAGAAUUAAAUCGGAAGACUUUACAAAGCUGAUUAUUGGUGACACAAUGCAGUCUUUUCCGAUAUUUGAAGGAUUACAUAGUAUAAAUUCUCUCGAAAUUGUUUCAGAGCAAAUAAAUUCUAUUCCAGAAGAAGCUUUUAUGAAAAAUCAAAAUAUAAAAAACGUUAAGUUAUCCCAAAGUAUUACAACCAUAGCUAAUAUACCAUUUUAUGGUUCGUCAAUUUCUCAAAUUAAUCUUGAAAACGUUAAUUCAAUCGGAGAAUCUGCAUUUUGUGACUGUAUUAAUCUACAAUCAGCCGAUUUACAAAAAAUUCAAUCACUUGAUAGUUCAUGUUUUGCUAAUACUUCUUUAAUUGAAGUAAAUCUUUCAACAGAUUUUAUGAUAUUACCUAGUUAUGCAUUUUGUAAUUGUUUUAAAUUAACAACUUUCAUUUCAAAAUGCAAUAGUUUUGGUGAAUAUUCAUUUUGUAACUGUACUUCACUUAAAAUUUUUAAAUAUGAUUUCAAAGAUACAUGGGAAAUCCAUAGUACAGCACUUAUAUCUACGGCCAUUGAAGAACUUGAAAUAAACAGUAAUGCAAUGCGUAAUGAUGCCUUUUCAAAACUCCCCAUUAAGAAACUUAUCAUUUAUAGUAGUAGUCCAUACUUUAACGGAGGCAAAUACGAUGGAUUAAUUUAUUAUCAAAACCUGAAAACAAUUGAAUUCACACGUGAUACAUACUCUAUUGCUUUACGUAAUAUGAAUAUUGAAGAAAUUAUCACUCCUGAUGAUCCUGAUUUUAGCUGUCAAAUUGAUAUUGCUGGUUGUCCAAAACUUAAAAACUUACCAAAUGGUAUUGAUUAUGUUAGAUAUGCUGGCGAUCUUCCAGAGAUUGAAUCAGUUGAUCUUACUCAUUGCAAACGAAUUUACAGAAAUAGUUUCUUUAAUUGCCCGAAACUUAAAAAAUCAUUGGAUGGGGAGAUCAUGAAAUGGAUCUAG